UUCAUCUCUCGCGUGUAUGCGCGAGUACGUUUUCACGGAGCGAGAGAUAAAAAAAACUUCUUCGCUGCAGUGGGAAACGAGAGGAAAAGAGGUCGACCGCGUGCGCGCGACCUGGAGCAGAGAUUUUCCGCGGUCGAUAACAGGGCCGAGGUCGUCGACUGCACAUCUCGAGGGUGUGUGAGAGAGAGAGAGAGAGAGAGAGAGAGAGAGAGAGAAAAGUCGAAGUGAUUUUCCGAGCUCGGCUACAAUCGGAGCAAGUGGAGUCGGUGGAUUUGGAGCAGCCAAAUAAGGGAGCAUAGUCGCAUACAUGUAGUGCAGACAAAGGGAAGAAGACGCCACGACGCGUGCAGCACCAGACGUACCGGAAGACGUGGAACGGUUGGCGCGCGCGGUCUAGAACGUGUGCGCGUAUACUCACUCGGAUUGAUUAAUUUCAAUAACGCGACGACAACGAUGUUCGCGAGAAGGGAGGAGGGAUGACUGACGUACCUGGAGCUCGAGGCAUCGCCGGCUGCUGAUUCGGAAAAGUGCCAUCGUGUCUGCUGCUACUGCUGCUGCUGCUGUUAAGCUACUUCGUCGUGUACAACACGCGCGAGUUCCUCCUUUCGAUGCCCGUGAGUACCUGCCGCGCGCUCGCUCUUUAUAUCCCUUUCGAAGCACGCACACGGCCUGGUGUGGGAGAGUGAGUGAGAGAGAGAGAGAGAGAAAGAGAGAGAGAAUGGGAGGAGAAGAAGAAGAAAGAAGACCGACCCGAACACACGGAGCUCUAGCGCCCGACUCUGGGCUCGGGGGCAGCGCGCGAUUAUCCCCCGGUGCAUGCGCCGUGAAAACUCCUUCCGAGCGUGAUACGUGGCGCUAGCUGGCGGACUGCUCGCGCUGCGGCUCUAUUCGCGGUUAUUGUCUGUUGGUUCGCCGACUGCGGCGUGCCGUUGGCGGGAAGAUUUAAACCUCGAGCGCUGAUGCGUAGUGCGUGGUGAUGUAUAGAUUGUUUCUCGCCGGCUCUCUGAUGCAGAGGCUGAGUAGGUUAGAGGUGCGCGAUGAUCUUGAUGCUGGAUGUUCUGCGAUCGUACUGAAAAUCGAGAAAAGAGUUAAGUGCGGCGUUUUUGUAUAGUUUUAUUUAGUAAAAAAAAAUAUAAAUUCUACGACCUAAAGUAGUUGCAUAAUUAAUUAUCGUCUUUGAGCUCAAGUACCACCAAUCAUUAUUCAUACUCUUUACCUAUGUAAAUAUUCUAUCAAAUUAUACUUUAACCAUGCGCGAUUCUGCGUAUCAGUUUUCGUGAAAACUAUAUCUCGUGCGUGCUCAGAAGCAUAUAGAAACUUCCACUCAGCGUCGAACGCCGACACUUGACAAUCGAUCCCAGUUCUCUAUUCCCACCCCCGAGAAAAAUCGCGACAUCGCUACAACAAUAGAAGGUACAUUAUCUCUCUCGUACAAUCGGCAUGUAUACGUCAUUGUGCGCGCAAUCGCGAAGAGGUUGCUAGGCUACAGCGCAGCCCCCAAACACACGAGACCGCGUAUGAUAUAUACAUAUAUAUAUAUAUAUACUAAGUACAGCGGUACGGCGACAGACAGGUAGAAUUGUCGUCGCCAGACACGAUGCAAAUAACAACCGCAAAGAGAGCAGAGCAAGAAUCCAGGUUAUAAAACUACGCGGCGCAAUCGAUUGGCGCGAGUCCUCGAGGAAGUAGAAAAAAUGCCGCUGCUCGAGACGGACUACUGCAUCGAGCAGAUCAACGUGCCGCCGAAACUGCCGAUGAUACUCAAGCAGUUCUGCAAAUCGGCCAUCAGGACACAGCCGUACGAUCUGCUCAAGUGGUCCAGCGCCUACUUUCACGCGUUGGCUAACGGCGAAGAGCCACCGACGAAGCUCAGGCUUGAGUAUCCGCCGGCUUGUACCGCUUACGGAUUGACACUUGGGUUCCUUAAGGUUCUGCUGAGGCAACUUGGUGCCGAUUACAACAAAGUUCUUCCACUGCAAUCGAUACUGGAACGAUGGGACUACCUGUGCCUGGAUCGUCGGGACUCGGACCUGAUCAUCCUUAUCGGCAAGUUCCGCAACAAAUGCCAAAUCAAAAAGUUCCUCUCGAUCGCCGUGGGCCUCCUCACGCGAAGCCUCACCGAGACCAUGAUCACGAUCUGCGAGUUGUUCACUCAUGAGCCCGAUGGAGGAUCGGCGAUGAUUCCCGUUGGAUUGUUUAUGGAGAUUUACGGGUACCUAGCGAGUCUAAGGUGCGACGGAGCUGAAAGAGGCAGUUUCGAAGACUUGUGUCUCUGCUCCGAGACGACUCCCUCGUCUGAAGCUCAAGCACCUGCCAGUGUUGGUGCUCCGGAAGCCAUGGCUGGUCCGGUUUCCCUAGCCAGUCAGGAUACUGAAGCUGAUAUCGACCUUGAACUCGAGUCUCUUACUAGGGACGAUGUGCAGUCCGCUGCGAGCGAGCCCGUCAUAAUGUCGAUGCAAAGUUUUGGAGAAGAGACAGAGUCAAGUUUCCGACACGAGGGUCAAGCGAGCUUCCGAUCGAUCGAUCCUACGGAGUCCUCGAGAAGCAAAGGCUCAGGGGAUUCGGGAACGAGAAAAGAGGAAGUACCGGUCACUGAGAGCAUAACGAAGAAGGAGACUCAAGCAAUUGAGUCAUCCUCGAUCAAAUCGAAAAAGUCAAGUGAGGGAACAGUCGCCUCCGAAAAUAUCCAGAAAUCCAGUGAUAAAAGCAGCGAGUCGGCUAGAAACUAUCCCGAUGUUCCAGGCAUAGGACGUCGACUUCUGGCAGAAGAGGUAGCUACAGUGGCUAUCUGGAUGAGCGAGUGCGCAAGGAGGCAGGGCGGAAUGGUCGGUCCGAGAAACAUCCGGCAUAUCAAUUGUCCACCGCUCGAGGGUAGCAAUUGCUGCGCGAAUAAGUCUCGAUCGAGCGAUGACCUGCUGGUCGAUAAAUAAACCACGCAAUACGUCGUUGGUACACUUUUACAGAAAAAGGUUUAAUAAAAAUCUUGGAAUUGUACAUGUAACAAUCUUGGUGCGAAAGAAAACGUUGUUCCACAGUUGUCAUGCUAAAUAGUUAUUCUUAUAUCACGUAGUUUUCGCGAAAAUUAGAUUGUGAUAUUGUAAAGCUAUAUCUUGUUCUCUGUUCGAUCAGUUCAAUAAAGACAAUCUCUUCCUUCA